AUGAGAUGGUUAGAGGCUGCGGAGAUGGGAGAGGAGGGUUGUGUGGAGUUCGAGCAUGCACCUUGUUGCUUCAUGUUCUCUCUCUGCCCCUUAUCCUUGCCUCCCUCUACCUGUCCCUCCCACCCACACACAGGAGAGGGACAGAGGAGGGCGGGCAGAGGAGCGAAGGGGAGAGAGGGACAGAGGAGGGCGGGCAGAGGAGCGAAGGGGAGUGAGGAGCUCAAGCAUGCACCUUGUUGCCUCAUUUUCUCUCUCUGCCCCUUAUCCUUGCCUCCCUCUACCUGUCCCUCCCACCCACACACAGGAGAGGGACAGAGGAGGGCGGGCAGAGGAGCGAAGGGGAGUGAGGAGCUCAAGCAUGCACCUUGUUGCCUCAUUUUCUCUCUCUGCCCCUUAUCCUUGCCUCCCUCUACCUGUCCCUCCCACCCACACACAGGAGAGGGACAGAGGAGGGCGGACAGAGGAGCGGAGGGGAGUGAGGAGCUCAAGCAUGCACCUUGUUGCCUCAUUUUCUCUCUCUGCCCCUUAUCCUUGCCUCCCUCUGCCUGUCCCUCCCACCCACACACAGGAGAGGGACAGAGGAGGGCGGACAGAGGAGCGGAGGGGAGUGAGGAGCUCAAGCAUGCACCUUGUUGCCUCACUUUCUCUCUCUGCCCCUUAUCCUUGCCUCCCUCUGCCUGUCCCUCCCACCCACACACAGGAGAGGGACAGAGGAGGGCGGACAGAGGAACCGUCCGGAGAGAGGGACAGAGGAGGGCGGACAGAGGAGCGGAGGGGAGUGAGGAGCUCAAGCAUGCACCUUGUUGCCUCACUUUCUCUCUCUGCCCCUUAUCCUUGCCUCCCUCUGCCUGUCCCUCCCACCCACACACAGGAGAGGGACAGAGGAGGGCGGACAGAGGAACCGUCCGGAGAGAGGGACAGAGGAGGGCGGGCAGAGGAGCGAAGGGGAGUGAGGAGCUCAAGCAUGCACCUUGUUGCUUCAUUUUCUCUCUCUGCCCCUUAUCCUUGCCUCCCUCUACCAGUCCCUCCCACCCACACACAGGAGAGGGACAGAGGAGGGCGGACAGAGGAGCGGAGGGGAGUGAGGAGCUCAAGCAUGCACCUUGUUGCCUCACUUUCUCUCUCUGCCCCUUAUCCUUGCCUCCCUCUGCCUGUCCCUCCCACCCACACACAGGAGAGGGACAGAGGAGGGCGGACAGAGGAACCGUCCGGAGAGAGGGACAGAGGAGGGCGGACAGAGGAGCGGAGGGGAGUGAGGAGCUCAAGCAUGCACCUUGUUGCCUCACUUUCUCUCUCUGCCCCUUAUCCUUGCCUCCCUCUGCCUGUCCCUCCCACCCACACACAGGAGAGGGACAGAGGAGGGCGCACAGAGGAACCGUCCGGAGAGAGGGACAGAGGAGGGCGGGCAGAGGAGCGAAGGGGAGUGAGGAGCUCAAGCAUGCACCUUGUUGCCUCAUUUUCUCUCUCUGCCCCUUAUCCUUGCCUCCCUCUACCUGUCCCUCCCACCCACACACAGGAGAGGGACAGAGGAGGGCGGACAGAGGAGCGGAGGGGAGUGAGGAGCUCAAGCAUGCACCUUGUUGCCUCAUUUUCUCUCUCUGCCCCUUAUCCUUGCCUCCCUCUGCCUGUCCCUCCCACCCACACACAGGAGAGGGACAGAGGAGGGCGGACAGAGGAGCGGAGGGGAGUGAGGAGCUCAAGCAUGCACCUUGUUGCCUCACUUUCUCUCUCUGCCCCUUAUCCUUGCCUCCCUCUGCCUGUCCCUCCCACCCACACACAGGAGAGGGACAGAGGAGGGCGGACAGAGGAACCGUCCGGAUCCCUCCCACCCACACACAGGAGAGGGACAGAGGAGGGCGGGUAGAGGAGCUAAGGGGAGUGAGGAGCUCAAGCAUGCACCUUGUUGCUUCAUUUUCUCUAUCUGCCCCUUAUCCUUGCCUCCCUCUACCUGUCCCUCCCACCCACACACAGGAGAGGGACAGAGGAGGGCGGGCAGAGGAGCGAAGGGGAGUGAGGAGCUCAAGCAUGCACCUUGUUGCCUCAUUUUCUCUCUCUGCCCCUUAUCCUUGCCUCCCUCUGCCUGUCCCUCCCACCCACACACAGGAGAGGGACAGAGGAGGGCAGACAGAGGAGCGGGGGGGAGUGAGGAGCUCAAGCAUGCACCUUGUUGCCUCAUUUUAUCUCUCUGCCCCUUAUCCUUGCCUCCCUCUGCCUGUCCCUCCCACCCACACACAGGAGAGGGACAGAGGAGGGCGGGCAGAGGAGCGAAGGGGAGUGAGGAGCUCAAGCAUGCACCUUGUUGCUUCAUUUUCUCUCUCUGCCCCUUAUCCUUGCCUCCCUCUACCUGUCCCUCCCACCCACACACAGGAGAGGGACAGAGGAGGGCGGGCAGAGGAGCGAGGGGGAGUGAGGAGCUCAAGCAUGCACCUUGUUGCCUCAUUUUCUCUCUCUGCCCCUAAUCCUUGCCUCCCUCUACCUGUCCCUCCCACCCACACACAGGAGAGGGACAGAGGAGGGCGGACAGAGGAACCGUCCAGAGUUAGGAGCUCAAGCAUGCACCUUGUUGCUUCAUUUUCUCUAUCUGCCCCUUAUCCUUGCCUCCCUCUACCUGUCCCUCCCACCCACACACAGGAGAGGGACAGAGGAGGGCGGGCAGAGGAGCGGGGGGGAGUGAGGAGCUCAAGCAUGCACCUUGUUGCCUCAUUUUCUCUCUCUGCCCCUUAUCCUUGCCUCCCUCUGCCUGUCCCUCCCACCCACACACAGGAGAGGGACAGAGGAGGGCGGGCAGAGGAGCGAAGGGGAGUGAGGAGCUCAAGCAUGCACCUUGUUGCCUCAUUUUCUCUCUCUGCCCCUUAUCCUUGCCUCCCUCUGCCUGUCCCUCCCACCCACACACAGGAGAGGGACAGAGGAGGGCGGACAGAGGAGCGGAGGGGAGUGAGGAGCUCAAGCAUGCACCUUGUUGCCUCACUUUCUCUCUCUGCCCCUUAUCCUUGCCUCCCUCUGCCUGUCCCUCCCACCCACACACAGGAGAGGGACAGAGGAGGGCGGACAGAGGAACCGUCCGGAGUUAGGAGCUCAAGCAUGCACCUUGUUGCUUCAUUUUCUCUCUCUGCCCCUUAUCCUUGCCUCCCUCUACCAGUCCCUCCCACCCACACACAGGAGAGGGACAGAGGAGGGCGGGUAGAGGAGCUAAGGGGAGUGAGGAGCUCAAGCAUGCACCUUGUUGCUUCAUUUUCUCUAUCUGCCCCUUAUCCUUGCCUCCCUCUACCUGUCCCUCCCACCCACACACAGGAGAGGGACAGAGGAGGGCGGGCAGAGGAGCGAAGGGGAGUGAGGAGCUCAAGCAUGCACCUUGUUGCCUCAUUUUCUCUCUCUGCCCCUUAUCCUUGCCUCCCUCUGCCUGUCCCUCCCACCCACACACAGGAGAGGGACAGAGGAGGGCAGACAGAGGAGCGGGGGGGAGUGAGGAGCUCAAGCAUGCACCUUGUUGCCUCAUUUUAUCUCUCUGCCCCUUAUCCUUGCCUCCCUCUGCCUGUCCCUCCCACCCACACACAGGAGAGGGACAGAGGAGGGCGGGCAGAGGAGCGAAGGGGAGUGAGGAGCUCAAGCAUGCACCUUGUUGCUUCAUUUUCUCUCUCUGCCCCUUAUCCUUGCCUCCCUCUACCUGUCCCUCCCACCCACACACAGGAGAGGGACAGAGGAGGGCGGGCAGAGGAGCGAGGGGGAGUGAGGAGCUCAAGCAUGCACCUUGUUGCCUCAUUUUCUCUCUCUGCCCCUAAUCCUUGCCUCCCUCUACCUGUCCCUCCCACCCACACACAGGAGAGGGACAGAGGAGGGCGGACAGAGGAACCGUCCAGAGUUAGGAGCUCAAGCAUGCACCUUGUUGCUUCAUUUUCUCUAUCUGCCCCUUAUCCUUGCCUCCCUCUACCUGUCCCUCCCACCCACACACAGGAGAGGGACAGAGGAGGGCGGGCAGAGGAGCGGGGGGGAGUGAGGAGCUCAAGCAUGCACCUUGUUGCCUCAUUUUCUCUCUCUGCCCCUUAUCCUUGCCUCCCUCUGCCUGUCCCUCCCACCCACACACAGGAGAGGGACAGAGGAGGGCGGGCAGAGGAGCGAAGGGGAGUGAGGAGCUCAAGCAUGCACCUUGUUGCCUCAUUUUCUCUCUCUGCCCCUUAUCCUUGCCUCCCUCUGCCUGUCCCUCCCACCCACACACAGGAGAGGGACAGAGGAGGGCGGACAGAGGAGCGGAGGGGAGUGAGGAGCUCAAGCAUGCACCUUGUUGCCUCACUUUCUCUCUCUGCCCCUUAUCCUUGCCUCCCUCUGCCUGUCCCUCCCACCCACACACAGGAGAGGGACAGAGGAGGGCGGACAGAGGAACCUCCCUCCCACCCACACACAGGAGAGGGACAGAGGAGGGCGGACAGAGGAGCGGAGGGGAGUGAGGAGCUCAAGCAUGCACCUUGUUGCCUCAUUUUCUCUCUCUGCCCCUUAUCCUUGCCUCCCUCUACCUGUCCCUCCCACCCACACACAGGAGAGGGACAGAGGAGGGCGGGCAGAGGAGCGAAGGGGAGUGAGGAGCUCAAGCAUGCACCUUGUUGCUUCAUUUUCUCUAUCUGCCCCUUAUCCUUGCCUCCCUCUACCUGUCCCUCCCACCCACACACAGGAGAGGGACAGAGGAGGGCGGGCAGAGGAGCGAAGGGGAGUGAGGAGCUCAAGCAUGCACCUUGUUGCCUCAUUUUCUCUCUCUGCCCCUUAUCCUUGCCUCCCUCUGCCUGUCCCUCCCACCCACACACAGGAGAGGGACAGAGGAGGGCGGACAGAGGAGCGGAGGGGAGUGAGGAGCUCAAGCAUGCACCUUGUUGCCUCACUUUCUCUCUCUGCCCCUUAUCCUUGCCUCCCUCUGCCUGUCCCUCCCACCCACACACAGGAGAGGGACAGAGGAGGGCGGACAGAGGAACCGUCCGGAGAGAGGGACAGAGGAGGGCGGACAGAGGAGCGGAGGGGAGUGAGGAGCUCAAGCAUGCACCUUGUUGCCUCAUUUUCUCUCUCUGCCCCUUAUCCUUGCCUCCCUCUACCUGUCCCUCCCACCCACACACAGGAGAGGGACAGAGGAGGGCGGGCAGAGGAGCGAAGGGGAGUGAGGAGCUCAAGCAUGCACCUUGUUGCUUCAUUUUCUCUAUCUGCCCCUUAUCCUUGCCUCCCUCUACCUGUCCCUCCCACCCACACACAGGAGAGGGACAGAGGAGGGCGGGCAGAGGAGCGAAGGGGAGUGAGGAGCUCAAGCAUGCACCUUGUUGCCUCAUUUUCUCUCUCUGCCCCUUAUCCUUGCCUCCCUCUGCCUGUCCCUCCCACCCACACACAGGAGAGGGACAGAGGAGGGCAGACAGAGGAGUGGGGGGGAGUGAGGAGCUCAAGCAUGCACCUUGUAGCUUCAUUCUCUCUCUCUGCCCCUUAUUCUUGCCUCCCUCUGCCUGA